CUCCUUAUCGUGGACUCGGAAUGGCGAUAAGCUUCAUUGUUCACGAAAACACGCCAUUUGUUCAAAUUACUGCGGUGAUGGAGAAGACUGCGGACAUUUUAUACAGCUGUGAUAUCCUACAUUUUGGACAUGACCACUCCCGGGCUAGACCUUUUGUUCGGCUAUUACGAGUUGACAACUCCGUCCCCAAACUCGUCCGCUAACCUGACAAUGGUACCACCUUCACCGUCGGCCUUAAAGAUUGCUUCUGAUGUCGUAAUAAAAACCACGCUUAUCAUCAUCAUGGCAGGCAUGGGCAGCACAAUAGAGAUCAAACCUCUUCUCCAGCACCUCAGGAGACCGGUUGGUAUCGCCAUCGGCAUGCUCUCUCAGUUCAUCGUACUUCCGGCGGUCACGUUUGGUCUUGCGCAUGCGCUGCAGAUGUCUACAUAUCCCGCGCUUGGAAUGCUGGUGAUUGGUUCGUGUCCUGGAGGUUCAACGUCAAAUGUGUUCUCCUAUUGGAUGGAUGGUGACGUCCCACUCAGUGUAGCGAUGACGGCAACGUCAACUGUCAUGGCGAUGGGGAUGAUGCCGCUGAAUCUGUUUAUCUACAGUCGGAGCUGGACUGACGAGGCUCUGGUCAUCCCCUACGUCAACAUCGCUAUCUCCUUCGUCAUGACCAUCACCCCGGCCGCCGUCGGGAUGUUCUUUCGCUGGAAAUGGCCAAAGGUGGCUGAUGUCAUAGUCAAGUGCGGAAGUGUCGCGGGCGCCAUUGCUGUGGUUCUGACCUUGACCUUGAUGAGUGUGAUGUACCCCUUUAUGUACCGAGCGUCCUGGGGUAUCUACCUCGGAGCCCUCCUCCUACCUACAGUGGGGUUCCUGUUCGGAUACCUAGUUGCCACCAUGUUUCGGCUUGAUGCACCGAAGCGAAUCACAGUCUCCUUGGAAACGGGCAUACAGAACUUCCCGUUGUGUAUGACAUUGCUGACCUUGACCUUUGACAGGAGCAUGUUCGCUCGGAUUUCGUUGUUCCCGUUAAUGUACGGUGUGACGUGCAUUCUGUGUAGUAUACUUUUUCUCUUCCUAUACAAAAUAUGUGUUUACAUCAGGAAUAGGAGCGAUAAAGGCAAAUUUGUUGCAGUUGCUAAGUCAGAAGUGGAGGCAAACCAACGAAAAUGCUGACAAAAUACAUAUACAUUUUCUUGAUAAAAGUAUUAAAUGAUGUCCCAACACGUGAAAUCAUUACACAUGUACCAGGAGAAGGGACCUCGUUUUUUUGUUUUUUUGAAUUAACAUGCCCCACUAUAUCCAGUGUUAUAGUAUAAUCGGUCGGGGUGUUCUUUUCGAACUGCAGUUUAAAGUGAUAUUAUUGCAUUAAU